AUGGGGUCGAGUAAGAGGGAGGAACUAAAGAAAAUCAGAAUUAGGAAAGAAAUGUUCAGGAAAUUGAUGGCAUUAAAGGCUGAUAAAUCCCCAAGGUGCCCUAAUUUAUAUUCCAGAGUAUUUAAGGAAGUGGCCCUAGAAGUAUUGGAUGGUCAUGUGGAAAAUGAAGAACAGUACACACAAGCACUAGAGAAGUUUGGUGGCAAUUGUGUAUGCCGUGAUGAUCCUGAUUUAGGCACAGCUUUUCUGAAGUUUGCUGUCUUCACUAAAGAAUUAACUGCACUUUUCAAAAAUCAGAUUCAAAAUAUGAACAAUAUCAUCACUUUUCCUCUGGACAGCCUACUGAAAGGAGAUCUGAAAGGAGUUAAAGGGGAUCUUAAGAAGCCUUUUGAUAAAGCCUGGAAAGACUAUGAAACAAAAGUUACAAAAAUUGAGAAGGAGAAAAAAGAACAUGCCAAGCAACAUGGUAUGAUCCGUACGGAAAUAAGUGGAGCAGAAAUUGCUGAAGAGAUGGAGAAAGAGCGGCGAUUUUUUCAAUUACAAAUGUGUGAGUAUUUGCUUAAAGUCAAUGAGAUCAAGAUUAAGAAAGGUGUUGAUUUACUCCAGAACCUGAUUAAAUAUUUCCAUGCGCAAUGCAAUUUCUUUCAGGAUGGCUUGAAAGCUGUAGAAAAUUUAAAACCUUCCAUGGAAAAACUGGCUACAGAUUUGCAUGCUAUAAAACAAGUACAGGAUGAGGAAAGAAAACAGCUGGUUCAACUUCGAGAUGUAUUAAAAGCAGGGCUACAGGUAGAACAAAAAGAGGAUUCACAGAUUCGUCCAAAUACAACAUACAGCUUGCAUCAACCUCAGGGAAACAAGGAACAUGGAACUGAAAAAUGUGGAUACCUGCAUAAAAAAAGUGAUGGAAUCAGGAAAGUGUGGCAGAAAAGGAAAUGUACAGUAAAAAAUGGUUAUCUUACAAUAUCACAUGGAACGGUUAACAGACCACCAGCAAAGCUUAAUCUACUCACAUGUCAGGUGAAAGCAAAUCCAGAGGAGAAGAAAUGUUUUGAUCUAAUAUCACAUGACAGAACAUACCAUUUUCAAGUGGAUGAUGAACAGGAAUGCCAAGUUUGGAUGUCCGUUUUGCAGAACAGUAAAGAAGAAGCUUUAAACAACGCUUUCAAGGGAGACAAUAACGCAGGAGAAAACAAUAUUGUCCAAGAAUUAACAAAAGCGAUUAUUGUAGAGGUGCAAAGGAUGACCGGAAAUGAUGUUUGCUGUGAUUGCGGAGCACCAGACCCAACAUGGCUAUCUACUAAUCUGGGAAUUCUAACCUGCAUUGAAUGCUCUGGAAUUCAUAGAGAGCUGGGAGUUCACUAUUCUAGAAUACAGUCCCUUACGUUAGAUGUAUUAGGGACAUCAGAACUCUUGCUAGCCAAGAACAUUGGCAAUGCAGCAUUGAAUGAGAUCAUGGAAGCUAGUUUGCCUUUCGAUGAAAUUGCCAAACCUAAUCCCAACAGUGACAUGGUUGCGCGGAAGGACUACAUUACUGCUAAGUAUAUAGAACGAAAAUUUUCAAGGAAGAAGUGUAUCGACAAUGCAGCCAAACUUAGCUGUCUAUGUGAUGCAAUCAAGUCAAGAGACAUUUUCGCUUUAAUUCAGGUGUAUGCUGAUGGUGUAGAUCUCACUGACCCAAUUCCUUUGGCAAAUGGACAUGAACAAGGAGAAACUGCGCUACAUCUUGCUGUAAGAUUGGUGGACAGAACAUCACUUCAUGUAGUUGACUUUUUAGUACAAAACAGUGGGAAUCUUGACAAACAGACAACCAAAGGCAGUACAGCAUUGCAUUACUGCUGUCUAAAUGAUAAUGUGGAAUGUCUUAAGUUGCUUUUGAGGGGCAAAGCUUCCAUUGAAAUAGCCAAUGAAGGAGGGGAAACUCCACUUGACAUAGCCAAACGCUUAAAACACACUCAGUGUGAAGAGGUGCUUAUACAGUCAUUAUCAGGCAAGUUUAAUGCUCAUGUCCAUGUGGAAUAUGAAUGGAGAUUGCAUCAUGAAGAUUUAGAUGAAAGUGAUGAUGAUAUUGAAGACAAGCAAUCCAGUCCCAAUAGACCUAUCAGCUUCUAUCAAUUAUCAUACCAAUCAGGAGCAAACCAACUUCAGCCUCCACCUCCUCUUGCAGUCCUGCCAAGAGAUUCAGCCAACUCCAUUAAAGAUAAACAGCGACCGUUCAUUCCAAGUAUGCUACAUAAUGAAACAUAUGGAACUGUACUGAGCUCCAGUCCCCCCCCUCCUGUAACUGAUGCUCCUCCACUUCCACCUCGGAACACGAGUAAAGUCCAAUGUUCAGUUCCUGGUGUUCCAACUACGACUUCGUCUGGUGUUUGGAAACCUGCAUCAUUUGGAAUGGAUACAACAAGCAGGCAGCGGUCUGCUUCAGACCCACCAAACCUUCAUCCACCUGUACCUCCAGUCCGAGUAACAUCAGCAACAGCAAACCCUUCACCACCAACUCCAGUAGCAAAGACAAGCAGUGUUAUUGAAGCAAUGAGUCUGCAGGUGAAACAACCACCAGCCCAGCAACAGCAGCAAGGUCCUCCGCAGCAAAUUGUUCAAAAUAAAAAAACAUUACCACCACCACUGCCACCACAGCCGCCAUUACGCAUUUCACAGCAGAAAUCAAUAGCCAGUUCUGAUCGAACAUCUACAGUUAAAAGAACAUCCAUGGUACCUGGAUCUGUGCAAUCACUGCCAUCAGGAGAUGCUUUCGUGGGGCCAGAUGCGGCACCAAAAAAACCAGGGCACACACCUAAUUCAAUGAAUCUCAGCAAAGCUCCUGCACCAAUGCCACGAAAGUCUCAAAUGUUGAAGGCAAAACCAAGACGUGUGAAAGCAAUUUAUAAUUGCAGUGCAGACAACCCCGACGAACUUACUUUCUCAGAGGGUGAGAUUAUUAUUGUCGAUGGUGAGGAAGAUCCGGAAUGGUGGAUUGGUCACAUUGAAGGAGACCCGAAGCGAAGGGGUGUAUUCCCUGUGACAUUUGUGCACUUCAUUUCUGAUUGAGCAUCCUUUAGGACGUUGAAGAGAAACAAUUUGGAGCAUGGUACCAUACCAUCAAAUGACAAGAAAAACAUCUGUGUUUAGCUCAAUAGACAAAUCACUUCUUAACUGGAGGAUGUUAUAAGUAACUAGUUUUAAAUAUAUAUUCAUUGAACUAUUUGCACUUUUAGUACAACUGGAGAUUAGUUAUAAAUGGACUCAAGUCUGUUAAUUUGCAGUGGUGCAUGUAGGUACUUGGGAAUGAAAAGAAUGCUAAUUGUUCAUGAACAGUGACAAUGUUAUUUCAGUACCUGUGAAAAACAUACUGAAAAUCACAAUAUAUUGCAUAAAUGUAGCAUUAACAAUGGAGCAAAGCUGGAGAACACUAGUAGUGAUCAAUGCUAUGAUAUAGAUUCCAUAAAUCAGGUAUUGAAUUUACUAAGCAUGCUGAACUUCAUAACUUUCUUAAGGCCUUAAAAUAUUACUAUGAAUCUAAAAUAGCACCACUGUUUCCAGAUUUACCGUUAUUUUAUUGCUGUAAUUCCCAUUGCAAGUUAAAUUUUUCCAACUUCAUUCUUGAACACAAGGCCGUAGUAUUGUAAAUAAUAAUUUCAAAAGGCAGCUAAUGAACAGUACUCGUAUCCCAGUGCUGUUUACCAAAAGAGACAGUUGGUGACAGGAAUUCACAUAUGGUUAUUAGGGGGUCCUCUUUGCAUUUCUUAUUGUCUCUGUUUUUUUUGCAUCGAACAGUUUAACCAGUAUAGGGUUUAAAUAGCUAAAUCAGUUUCCAAAAAUUUGCAGACUUUGUUAUUUUUUAAAGUUCUGCAUAGAAUUGAUGUUGAUUCUUUUUACUAAAAACAAAAUUUUAAAAUUGUUCAUCAAGAAAAAUAAAUGAAAAAUGGUAACAUUUAGUACAAAUCAUUUGUAGUCAACUUCAUCUCAAAUGCUUUUUUGCAAUGAUAUUAUUGGCCUGUUAUUAGAAAGCUAGUCUUUUAGAGUUUUGAAUUUGUUACAGAAGUGGUCAAGUUCGUUCAUAAGAAGUGUCAGUCUAGCUUCUAAUGCAUAGGAAUGAAAAAUUUGAAAAAUAUUUUGGGUUAGUGGUAAAUUUUAAAUUUAUAACCCCUCAUUUAACUAAAUUUGGCUGUGAUUAUUGUCUAAAACAGAACUAAUUCUUGUAUCUAAUGUGAAUUAAUACUGAAGAUGUUGACAUCAUUCAUGAUUACUGCUUACUAUUAUUUGUUAAAAGGACCAUAAAAAUCUCUAGGCAGGAUAACUGGUGCCACCUACUGUCAUCAUCUGAGGAGUAUUUGGAGCAGAAAGAAAUCCUGAUUGAGACAUGAUGUAAAAUGGAUACAAAUAUGACAAGCUAGAUGAUUGUUGCAGAGCAACUGUAUAUAUAGAUAUAUUGUAAAUGUUAAAUCCUAUAAUUCUUUUGCAUUUCAUUGCAUCGAUUUGACAAUUAGCAUGUGUAAUGUAUUGUAUAUCCCAGUUUAACAUUGGAGUUCAUCCAGAAAUGUAAUAAACAAUUAUUAAAGCAAAGCCUGCUUCAAUGCAGGUCAUCUGUACAGAUUUUGAAGGUGAGGCCUAAUGAUUUCACUGUUUGUGAAGGAAUAGUGAGCAUCUGAUGAAAUACUGUACAAAAUCUGAAGUUCAUAAAUGUGUAUUUAAAUAUCCAUUCUUUGCAUAAAGGUUGCUACAAUUGUUAACAAUCAUUUUGAGAAUCAGUAGAUUUCAUAUAGAUCAAUUCCAUUCUAUUAAAAUUUAAAUUUGUGAGAUGCAUGUAAAGUUAUCCACUUACUUGCCCAUGAAAAUUCCUCUACUAUUCAGCUGUUUUAUAGCACCAAGUCCAGACUAUAUAAAUUUUGAAGUUAGUUAAAUAAAGUUAUGAAAUAUUUUUUAAAUGUACUGCAAUUUGAAAUGGCAUCAGUUUAAAGAACUAACAUAACCCAAAUGAGGAAAACAGGAAGAAAUAAGUAGAAUCCCACCAGAUGAUCACUACCAGCAUGUUUUUUCUCAAUCUUGUUCUACAAAAAUUCAGCCUCUAAUAAUAAAGUACCAUUGAAUUUCAAAUA